GUGACAUCACUGGGAGAGGAGGGGGUGCAUUUAAUAAAAGCUCCUUAUCCUUCCUCACCCCUCUCUCGGCAGGUAGGAACCAUCCAGGCACUGACUUGUUUUCUUCCCCCCCCCCCCCGCUCCAGAAUCUUGCCCCGUGUCUGGUGUUGGAUCGUCCCGGUUUACAGCGAGCCUAUCGCCGCCUCAUAGUGCACCGCAGCCCCGGCACAAUGACCCUCUGAUUCCCUUCUCUCUCAAGGAUUACACAGACUGGAUAGUGGGAUGAUGUUUCCCCUGACCAGGCCAGGUCCGGAACAAGAAAUCACAUUCUCAGGAUAUAUGAUAGACCAUUUCAAACUGAAAUGAGAAGGUUUUUCACUCAGAAGGUGAUGAUCGUUUGGAAUUCUCGAACACAGAUCAUUAUCUUUGAAGAUGGAGAACACUGAGAACAUUAGCAUGAUCUCCCAAAUUGCAAAACGGCGUGUUGUGUCAAAAGAUGGCCAUAACAAUGUGAAAAUUGACCAAGUGGAUGGUUGGGCCUUCCUUUACCUGCAGGAUCUUUGGACCACCGUCAUUGACAUGAAGUGGCGUUACAAGCUAACUCUCUUCACAGCAACAUUUGUGAUUACGUGGUUCCUUUUUGGCAUUCUCUGGUAUGCUAUAGCAUUUGUACAUGGGGAUUUAGAGUUAUUACACCCCCCAGCUAACCACACACCCUGUGUAGUGAACAUUGAGACCUUAACAGGAGCAUUUCUGUUUUCCCUGGAGUCCCAGACGACCAUUGGUUAUGGAUUCCGCUGUAUCACAGAGGAGUGCCCAUUUGCCAUUAUCCUGUUAAUCAUUCAGUUGGUCAUUACCACCUUGGCAGAGAUCUUUGUCACUGGUACUUUUCUGGCAAAGAUUGCAAGACCCAAAAAACGUUCUGAGACCAUCAGGUUUAGUUACCAUGCUGCCAUUGCCAUACACAAGAAUAAACUUUGCCUCAUGAUCCGGGUGGCCAACAUGAGGAAGAGUCUGUUGCUACAGUGUCAACUUUCUGGGAAAUUCCUGCAUAAUCAUGUCACUGAGGAAGGUGAGACCAUCAAACUCAGGCAGGCAAAUGUGAAUUUCCAGGUGGAUACUGGUUCAGAGAGUCCAUUCCUCACUUUCCCAUUGACAUUUUAUCACGUUAUUGAUGAGAAAAGUCCAUUGAACAGAUACGCAUCGGCAAAUCUAAGGGAUAAAGAUUUUGAGCUGGUUGUCAUUUUAAAUGCCACAGUGGAGUCCACGGGAGCCGCUUGCCAGAUCAGAACCUCGUAUGUGCCAGAGGAGAUUCUAUGGGGCUACGAAUUUGUCCCUCUUAUGUCACUGUCCCCUGGUGGGAAAUAUCUGGUUGACUUCAGUUUCUUUGACAAACUUAGGAAGAGUUCCAACCCUUACUUUUCCUCUGGAGCUCUGAGGUAUGGGGAUAUUGAUAAGCUAAGACUUGAAGAAAAAUACCGAGAGGAUGAACGAAACACAUUGUUCAGUAAGAUUCCAACAGUCCAUAGCAAUGUCUAGUUAAACAUUUGCACAGAACAGACCAGCGUAAGGAAGUUUUUAAAUCGAUAAACACCUGUCUGGUACAUAACAAGCCUUAAGCCUUAUAAAACAAAAGAAUGCAUUUAGUCAAAAUUAAUGUCAGAAGGUUCCCAAUGAUCUUAUGUAACAAGAACAAUGUUGGUAAUUGUGUUAAUGAAAAAUGUAUUAUUUUUAUUUGAUUACUCACUUUGUCAAAACUGUAUCAUACAAUCCAUCCAACAGUGUCUGCAGAUGGAGGACUCUGGUUCUUGAGCCUAAGAACUUUCUCCAUUUUUCCUAAAUUUCAAUUGUGCCAUUCUGCUUGCUUCCUAACAGUUAAAAUCUAGAUUCUUCACAUUGUCUCUUACUUUAGUGUAUUCAUUUGUAGAGCCUCCAAACUGGGUAACCAGUUCCUUCCCUCUGUAUUGACUUCAUUUUAUAAACUAUCAUCAUCCAUGGUAGGUGUCAACUGACCCAAAGCUGGCUAUGCAGUCUGUUACACAGCUUUUAUGUUACUAAUCAGUUCUGUAAUUUUCCUUAACAAACAAAAACAGAAAUUGCUGGAAAAGCUCAGCAGGUCUGGCAGCAUCUAUGGAGAGAAAUCAAGAGCUAAUGUUUCGGGUCGAGUGAGCCUUCCCUAGAACCCCUACCCAGAACCCAUGCAAUUUUCCAUACCUGGAUUUAUACUUUUAAUUGGUAAUAGAUUGGAUUGUGAUGAUCUAACAACAAUGUCUUGAUUUACCUAAUUGCUGGAUCCACACUAUUUAAUCUUACAGGUUGUCCUAUACUAUGAAUUUUGUGGCUGCCAUGCCAGGUAUGUUUUUGCUGGUAGUGGGUCAUGUAAAAUAUGAUGGGUGGGUAUUGCACCCAAAGCCCACCUGCCUGUACCUAGAAUAUUGAAGCCCAUUAAGGAGCAGUUAUGGUCAUAAUUCUGCCUCUGCUUCCAUAAAAUGGUUGGCCAUGGAAUUUGGACUAACUUGGGAAGGCUGCAUUUUCACCAACUCUUGUAAAUAAAUGGGAAUGAAGAGUCGUCCCUUUCUAUGGGAAAUCCCCCCACACCCCCCGCCCCCCCCCACAUGUCCAAGACCCAACUUCGUUCCCAACCCUGCCUGGGAUGCUGAUCAUGCUGAUCACUCUUCCCAAAAUCUUGGACUUAGCUCCACCCAGUGACCAUGCUGGUUUCUUUUGCAACUGCAAGAGCUUCUGGCCAAUCAGAUUGACUGACUGGAAGGUUUUGAGA